UUUGUGCUUUAAAAAGAAAAAGGGAAGCGCUUUAUCCGAGUUCGGUCGAUUGGUCAUUGAACGCAUCACACUAGGCCCCGCCCCUGCUCUGACAAGUCAGCGGUGUGGUCGCCACGCAGUCUCACCUCCAGGCCCCUCCAGGCUCCUCCAGGCGGGCGGUCGAGUCACUCUUAGCGGCCUCCAGUCUCCGUCAGUGUCGGUGUUUGCGUGGAUAAAUUUUAGUGUUGGUGUUUGCGUGGAUAAGUUUAGUGUUGGUGUUUGCGUGGAUAAGUUUACACUCGGAUGAACUUUGCCUCCCCCCCACCCUUCCUGUCGGUUGGGACUUCCCUGCGGCGGUGGGCGGCUCAUUCCCGGGUAGAGAAGAGCCCAAAGUCGGCGUCGAGUGAAAUGAAAGUGAGCCGCUAAGUGGAGUGUUCAGGUGUGAGCUCCACAGCAGCAUGACGGGCGACGCGGUGGUGCGGACGCUCGUCUUCGUCUGGAUGCGCCGGGCCGGCGCUGGAGGGUUGGCCGGCGGUGGGUGCUCCUAUCCCGGAUCAGUCAUGGACAGCAUGGACACCCACCUUGUCAUCCGUGGAUACACCACCUUCCCUCCCCGGCUGCCCGCUGGCGUAAGCGUGGGGAAAGUCGCCCGCCGUGACCCGUCGUGCGUCAGGAAGUUAACCCAAAACAAGCAAUCAGCGGACAGACUGAAGGUGGAGGACGUGGACAAGAGCAGCAAGAAAGUGGAAGUGAAGCCUUACCAGCAAGUGCUCAGUGAAAGCGCCCGAGAGAGAAAAGUGCCCGUCACUCGCAUCGGACGUUUAGUGACUUUUGGAGGUCUGGCUGUGGGACUCGGUCUCGGUGCCAUCGCUGACAUGGCCAAGAAGGCGUUUAAACCUCAACAGCAGCAAGACAAUAAAAAGUCAGUCCUGAACUCCAACAGCUUCCUGUCCGAAGCCAACGCUGAGAGGAUCGUCCGCACUUUGUGUAAAGUCCGCGGCGCCGCGUUAAAACUGGGCCAGAUGCUGAGCAUUCAAGACGACGCCUUCAUUAACCCUCAACUGGCCAAGAUCUUUGAUCGUGUUCGGCAAAGUGCCGACUUCAUGCCCACCAAGCAGAUGAUGAAGGCCAUCAGCAGUGACCUGGGUCCAGACUGGCACCAGCACCUGGACUACUUUGAGGAGAAACCCUUUGCAGCGGCCUCCAUCGGCCAGGUGCACCUGGGCCGCUUGAAAGAUGGCCGCCAAGUCGCCAUCAAGAUUCAGUAUCCUGCAGUGUCCAAGAGUAUCGACAGUGACGUGAACAACAUCAUGACUGCUCUCAGCCUGAGCAACACUCUGCCUCAAGGAUUGUUCCCACAACAUGUGAUGCGUGUGAUGAGCCGAGAGUUGGCACAGGAGUGUGAUUACAUCAGAGAGGCCCAGUGUGCCAUUAAGUUCCAAGAGCUGCUGAAGGAUCAGACCUUCUUCCUGGUUCCUGACGUCAUCCAGGAACUGAGCAGCCGUCAUGUCCUGACCACCACUCUGGUGCCAGGCUUCCCUCUGGACCAAGGCACACAUCUGUCCCAGGAAGUCAGGAACCAGAUCUGUGAGCAGAUCCUCACUUUAUGUCUGAGGGAACUUUUUGAGUUCCGCUUCAUGCAGACUGAUCCCAACUGGUCCAACUUCUUCUACGAGCCACACACACACAAAGUGGCGCUGUUGGACUUUGGUGCCACGCGAGAGUUUGACAGCAGUUUCACAGACAUGUACAUCCAGGUGAUCCAUGCGGCAGCCCAGCAGGACAGAGAAGGCGUCCUUCAGAGAUCGAGAGACAUGAAGUUCCUCACGGGCUUGGAGUCUAAGGCGAUGGAGGACGCCCACGUGGACGCCGUCAUGAUCCUGGGAGAGGCCUUCGCCUCGUCGGAGCCCUUCGACUUUGGCGCUCAGAGCACGACCGAGCGCAUCCACCGCCUCAUCCCCGUCAUGCUGAGGGAGCGCCUGGCGCCCCCUCCUGAGGAGACGUACUCCUUACACCGCAAGAUGGGAGGCUCCUUCCUCAUCUGCUCCAAACUCAAGGCCAGAGUGGCGUGCAAGGACAUGUUCCAGCGAGCGUACCAGCGCUACUGGCAGGACGCAAGCAAGUCCCACUAAAGAUACUAUUAUCAUCUCAUCAUCAUCAUCAUCAUCAUCAUCUCAGACUCUGCACUAUUUCACCUGAGGAUGUUUAUUUGUACAACUUUACUGGGAUGCAAUAAAAAUAACAACAAUUUGCUU